GCCACCGCGCUUCCUCUCCCACUGGGGUCUGCGAUCAUGGCGGACGUGGUGCGGCUGCAGGACCUGGAGGAAAAACCCGAGAGGGAGAAACUCUUGAACGGGGAAGCGGAUCUCGACGAAAAAGAGGAGGCGGACCCUUCCGAAGACGCGGCUAAGAAGAAGAAGAGAAAGAAGAAGAAAAACAAAGCGGCGGCCACCGUAGUCAAUGAGACGGAAGGGGAUGUCAGCGGCGGGGGAGUGGGCGACGUGACCAAACAGCUGGAGAAGCAGGCCCUGGAGGACAAAGAGAAGGAGGAGGAUGAGGACGAUGGAGAGGAAGGGGAGAAUUCUGCCAGCAAAAAGAAGAAGAAGAAGAAGAGGAAGGCGAAAGGACCUAAAGUGCAGACUGACCCGCCCUCGAUUCCAAUAAUUGAUCUCUAUCCGAGUGGCGUUUUCCCAAAGGGCCAGGAGUGUGAAUACCCCCCAGCACAGGACGGGCGCAGUGCAGCGUGGCGCACCACCAGUGAGGAGAAGCGUGUCCUGGACAAGGCCAACGAGGAGGUGUGGAGCGACUUCCGGCAGGCCGCCGAGGCCCACCGACAGGUCCGGCAGUACGUCAUGAGCUGGAUCAAACCCGGCAUGACCAUGAUCGAGAUCUGUGAGAAGCUGGAGGACUGCUCCAGGAAGCUGAUCAAGGAGAACGGGCUGAACGCGGGCCUGGCCUUCCCCACGGGCUGCUCUCUCAACAACUGCGCUGCCCACUACACCCCCAACGCCGGCGACCCCACCGUGCUGCAAUACGACGACGUCUGCAAGAUCGACUUCGGCACCCACAUCAACGGUCGAAUCAUUGACUGUGCCUUUACUGUCACCUUCAAUCCAAAGUACGACAAGCUGCUAGAAGCUGUGAAAGACGCCACUAAUACUGGAAUCAAGUGUGCUGGAAUCGACGUCCGCCUCUGCGACGUGGGCGAAUCGAUACAGGAAGUGAUGGAGUCAUACGAGGUUGAAUUAGACGGAAAAACAUACCAAGUUAAGCCUAUCAGAAAUUUGAAUGGUCACUCCAUCGGGCAGUACAGAAUACAUGCCGGAAAGACUGUCCCCAUUGUGAAAGGUGGAGAGGCUACGAGGAUGGAGGAAGGAGAGGUGUACGCCAUCGAAACAUUCGGCAGCACAGGAAAAGGCGUGGUCCACGAUGACAUGGAGUGCUCCCAUUACAUGAAGAACUUCGAUGUGGGACACGUACCGAUCAGACUCCCAAGGGCUAAACACCUGCUGAAUGUGAUAAACGAGAACUUCGGCACGCUGGCCUUCUGCCGGCGCUGGCUGGACCGCCUCGGCGAGAGCAAGUACCUGAUGGCGCUGAAGAACCUGUGUGACCUGGGCAUCGUGGACCCCUACCCGCCGCUGUGCGACGCCAAGGGCUCCUACACCGCGCAGUUCGAGCACACCAUCCUGCUGCGGCCCACCUGCAAGGAGGUGGUGAGCCGAGGGGAUGACUACUAACACACACACACACUCACACUCUCACACACACACACACACACACACACACACACACACACACACACACACACACACGGCCACGUACAGGUGCUCACCCAGUCCAGACCCGCACAGUAGCAGCACUAACACAAGCUCACGCACACACACACACAGACUCAAAACUGUAUAAAAAAAUGAAUUUAGCAAGUUGCUUCAUUCUCACCUCUCGCUUUGGCAGACAGCAACAGCAGCAGCAGCAACAGCAACGUUACCACAACGUAACUGAAACGUCUUAACCCAUCCGCAGAGCCGCGAUUGAGACACACGAGCCGAGGUGCUGCCGCCCUGGCAGCGGCUGCCGAGUGGUGGCUCUUUUUUUUUUUUUUAAAAGAACGGAAAGUGAUGAUCCAGAAAUAGUUUUGUCACUUUUAAUACGCUUUCUUGCAUUUAGAAAACUCAAAAUGAUGCAAAAAUCCCCCUUCACUGUAUGGGGGAGAGACUAUAGGAAACCCCAGUGGCUGUAAGUUUGGCUUUUAAUGCAACCAGGAGGGCACUUUGCAAAAAAAAAAAAGAUUCACAAAAAGACAAAAACAGAUCUUGCACUCUGCUCAUACAGUAUUUAUAUUUACUUGAUACCUCUAAAAGGUCUAUGGAAUCGCUAACUUCUGUGCCCAAUGUAGUGUUCAUUUGGAAUUCCCUGAAAUGUUUUUUUUUUUUUGUAAAAAAUAAAUAUGAACCUUAA